AAGUAUGAGUUAACCCCAUGGUGUAAUAAACUCCUAACUCAAGAGUUGGUUGGUUUUAGCAAGAUCAAGCAAGACCUAAAACAGAGACAUGGCAAAUGAUCUUGUGAAGCUUGCUUUCAUUUUCGUAAUUGGUUUGAGUGUUAUCUCUUCUUCUAUAGAUGUAACCAAAGCUGAGAUAGUCCAGAAGCAAGAAAUGAAACCUCUUUCGGAGGCUGAAAUUGGUUUGGCUACUUAUGAGGAAGUGCAAGCGCCAUCUAGACGAUAUGGACCUUUUAUCCGGCAGCCUAUCUUCUCGACUCGAGUAAGAAGCUCGGAGGUGAAUCCUAUAUGCUCCACUAGAAUCAUUGUUAUGAUAUGCGACAUUGAAUGCGGUUAUGCAUGUAAGGGGACUGGCUAUGAUUAUGGUGAAUGUGAGGGAACUUUUCCAGACCAAAACUGCUACUGUUAUGGGCAGUGUAAGCGGUAGAUGAAGGCUGCUUGUAUGUGGUCAUCAUCAUAAAUGUCAAUAAGUUAUAUAUAUAUGUUUGUAUGUGUAUGUUUUUAUAAUUAUUGUGUGUAUGUGUACGUAUGUUAUGCAUGAGAAUAAAGAAGCUCACCGGCUUAA